AUGGGGGGAGGGAAAGAGGUGAGUGAGCGGAAGAGUUGGGAUGGGUGCAGAGAAGAAUGUCGUGGCAAGGUUGAACCAAAAGUCCAAGUCGCCGUUGCGCAGUUCGGUUCCGAGUCCCAUCGGUUCCAAUCCAAACACAGCUUGCGUAGCCUCUGCGCACUCUGCGCAUCCACGACCGCCGCUGUCGCGUUCACCACGGCGACUGUCCUGCUCGUACCCGCCGGCAUCUACAUGACAAUCGACACGCUCCCGCCGUCGCGAGCCGUUGUCUACUACACGCCGAACGUGCCUCUCCCGGCCACUGCACCCCCACCUCCUACUACUACACCUGCUCCCGGCGCACCCGCACCAGCGCUCGUCUCUACAACACCAAAUACGUGGGCCUCGCUCGCCACGCCCAACUCGAAGAAUUGGGACCCGGGCUGCCCGGUCGUUGCACAGGAGUCGCGCGCCAUGAGCGAAGCCGUGCCCGCAACCUCGAGCAGCAUCGUGCCCCCGAGCAGCACGUAGACGCCCACAAAAUGGGGCCGUGCUGUCCCUUCUCGCUGGGACAUUGGAGAAUGUCUUGGAUGAAUGUACGACAUUCUAUGUUAAUUCAUUCAAAGAUAUAUACUUGUACUUCAAUUUCCAAUAUAUAGUCUACUAUACUAGCUGCUUUCUCUGACGUCUCAAUGCUUUACAUGGCACUACUUGUCUAAAAUCCACGUUGCUCCACCCACACGUAAUUUACUCAACCAAAAUCAAACCGAAACUUCG